UCGGCCUCUUCAGGGCAGCGGCGCGAGAGAUGGCGGCGGCCGAGCGGGAGGCCUGUGAGGAGGCGGCCGAAGAGGCCGAGGAGCAGCGGGCGGGCCCCGCGUCGGCCCCGGCCCCGGCCCCGCUCGGCCUGACGGAGCUGCCGGGCGAGCUGCUGGAGCUCAUCCUGUGCUGCGGCUCGCUGGGCGCCGCCGACCUGGGCCGCCUGUCCUGUUCCUGCCGCCACCUGAGGGACGCCUGCCAGCCCCGCGGGAAGGUCUGGCGGGAGCAGCUGCGGCGCAGGUGGCCUUCUUUAAUGAAAUACUACAAUCAGGCAGACGGUGUGAAUUGGCUGGAGCAAUACAAAGAGCGGCAUAAAGCAGGAUUGAAAGCCCAAACGGUCGUCGCCUCGUUUUCCAAAAGGUUCUUUUCAGAGCACGUGCCCUGUGAUGGCUUCACUGAUAUUGAGACUCUUGAUUGCCCCAGCCAUUUCUUUGAAGAUGAGCUGAUGUCCAUUCUUAAUACCGGAGGCAGGAAAGGGCUGACCUGGAAGUACUAUGCAAAGAAAAUCCUUUACUUCCUGCGGCAACAGAACAUUUUAAAGAAACUGAAGACUUAUCUUGAGUACUCAGCCGAUGAGCAAUCCUUUUUAGAAGGGGCCGUGCUGGUUGACCAAUACUGCAACCCUUUAUCGGACAUCUCCCUGAAGUGUAUCCAAGUUCAGAUCGAUGACAUUGCUGCUAAAGUGUGCAAAUUCCUCAAAUCCAAAAACCCCAGGCAUCCCACUGUAGACCGAAAAGCAGGCGAGGUCUUGAUCGUCUCUCAGGUGGAGCUUCAGAGGCAGGUUCUGGAUGCCAUGAACUGCGUCCUCUACGAGCAGUUGAAGUACCGAGGGAACGAGGUGGAUUAUUACAAUUGUCAGAAUUCAUACAUCCAUCAGGUUUUGAGUCGCAGGACUGGAAUCCCAAUCAGCUUGUCGGUGUUGUAUUUGACGAUUGCCAAGCAGUUGGGCGUCCAGCUCGAAGCGGUCAAUUUCCCCAGUCACUUUCUGCUCAGAUGGUGCCAGGGAAAAGAAGGGAGCACAAAUAUAUUUGACUACACGUACAUCGAUGCUUUUGGGAAGGGGCGGCAGCUGACGGUCAAAGAAUGUGAAUACUUGAUUGGGCACCACGUGACGGAGGAGUUUUACGGCGUGGCAACAGCCAAAGAGGUUCUGCAGCGGAUGGUGGGCAACUUGCUAAAUAUUGGAAAGCGGGAAAGCACUGACCAGUCAUACCAGCUCCUGAGAGACUCUCUGGACUUGUAUUUGGCCAUGUAUCCGGACAACGUCCAGCACCUAAUGCUCCAAGCGAGACUCUAUUUUCACCUGGGAAUCUGGCCAGAAAAGGUUCUGGACAUCCUGCAGCACAUCCAGGCCUUGGACCCUUCCCAGCAAGGAGCCGUGGGGUAUCUAGUCCAGCACACCCUCGAGCACAUCGAGCGUCGGAAAGACGAGGCCGGGCCCGAUGUGAAACUCCAUUCGGACGAGAAACACAAAGACAUCACCUUUUCCAUCGGCCUGGUUAUGAAGCACAAAAGAUACGGCUACAACUGUGUGAUCUACGGGUGGGACCCAGCGUGCAUGAUGGGGCACGAAUGGAUCCGAAACAUGAAUGUCCACAGCCUGCCCCAUGGCCCUCACCAGCCUUUCUACAAUGUUUUAGUGGAAGAUGGCUCGUGCCGAUACGCCGCCCAAGAGAAUCUGGAACUCAACCCAGAACCUCACGAGAUCCCUCACCCAGACAUCGGUCGCUACUUUGAGGAGUUUGCCAACACGUACUACCUGGCCAACCCGGAGUUGGAGAUCCGAUACCCCGAGGAUAUGGAGCUCACGCGUUUAGCUGGCCAGAAAACAGAAGAGAGCAAAGAAUGAGAUUUCUCUCUCUCUCUCUCUCUCUUUCCCUCUCUCCCUCUCUCUCUCUCUUUUCUUCCACGCCCUUCCCCUUUGCGAGGACAGAAGAAACUUCGUACAGCGGCGGUGGGGAUUUCAUCACGAGGAAGCAGCUGCUGGUCUGAGGAACUGCAUUUUGCUAGCUAGUAGUGAAACUCCGUGUUGUGUAACCCCCCCUCGGCUGCGUUGUGCUGACACUUGUCAAAAACCCACGUGGGUCGUGCAGAGUUUUAGAAACCUUCUCUGAAGUUCUUUCUUCUCCCGCCCCCCCUUCCCCGGGCUCCAAAAUGAAGAACUUCCGAGACUUAAAAAAACUUCUCAUUCAGGAAAUUCUGCCAAUUGGAAGCUGUGGAUAAUUUCUAGGUAGGACGUUUCUGGAACUAACGCAACAUCUGUCUUUGGUUCAGCUUUGACCAGCAACGAGAUGCCAAAAUCUUAGGAAUGACAUUUGAUUUUCUUCCUUACUCAAAAGAUCCUCCUAUAGAAACAUUGUCAGGGUCUCUCUCUUCACUGCUUCAGGCCAACAACUCAAUUUUUUUUUUAAAAAAAAAAUGCCCUGGGUUGUAUGUCAUUUUCCUACAGAAUAUUCCGUUAGACAGAAAUCACCUGGGUGAUGAAGCCAGAGAUGAGCAUCCUUCUCCUUUCGUUCUGCUUGUUUGCUUGCUGCUCACUCCAUUAAAAAAAAAAAAAAAAGAGGACAAAACAGCGUAUUUCUCAAGCAUAACCGGGAGGAACAGAAACCACUGAAGGACGCGGCGUUAAUUGUCUAAAAAUGUCCUUUUCUCAGGGUAAAGAUCGGCGCCGUUUUGAUUUUUUGCACGCCGUCUGGCAGAAAGAACUGAUUUCGUCGGUUGUUGUAAAUAAUAUAUUUCGAGGCGGUUGGAAGAUGUAAUUUUCUGAGCUGGUGUGUCUGGGCAGAGUGCCGCUGACACCGGCUGGAUUCACGCCUUUUAGGGACAGAGAGGAGGUAAGCUUUUAAUUAUCGCGUUGUAAAAGGAUAAAAUGAUACGCUUCUACGAUCUUUUUAA